AUUUUGGCCAGCCCUAGUUGGAAUUUCCGUUUUUUCCGUCUCAAUUUUCUCCCUCCAUCAGACAGACUCAGAUAACCUUGCUCGCUCUCCAACAUACAGUUUCUAUGGCAUGAAACUUCACACUCUUCACCCUAAAGCUGUACUCCAACUAUCAAAACCAAUGGCUUUUGCCACUGGAAUGCGGCUACUCCGCAGAAAUCACCCCAAGUUCAACCUUCCGGCACUUGCACAUUCGUUUCCGGCUCUCAGAAGUGGAGCGUCAGAGCUCCGCUUCCUUUCGGCAGCGGUUCCUCGGAGGAGAGUAGUGAGCUCUAGCCGGAAGGAAAUUGAGCAGGCGGAGGGCGGAGACUCGGGAAAUGGGAACGUCAUUGUAAAGGAUGGCAGUAGCAGUGGGAGUGAGGGAGGUGAGGGUAGAGUUGUCAUCACGGAGCUCCACAGAGAGGCCACUGAUGCGUACAUGGCUUAUGCCAUGUCUGUCCUACUUGGCCGAGCGCUGCCUGAUGUUCGUGAUGGGUUGAAACCGGUGCACCGUCGAGUAUUGUUUGCAAUGCAUGAGCUUGGCCUUUCUUCAAAGAAACCACACAAGAAAUGUGCAAGAGUUGUUGGUGAGGUUCUUGGCAAGUUCCAUCCACAUGGAGAUACUGCUGUAUAUGAUUCCUUGGUGCGCAUGGCACAGGAUUUUUCAUUGCGCUUUCCACUUAUUCAAGGGCAUGGGAACUUUGGGUCAAUUGAUGCAGAUCCUCCUGCAGCAAUGCGAUACACCGAAUGCAGACUGGAAGCACUUACAGAAGCGAUGCUGCUUUCAGACAUAGAGCAAAAUACUGUUGAUUUUGUCCCAAAUUUUGACAACUCACAAAAAGAACCAUCAUUACUUCCUGCUAGAAUUCCGAAUCUGCUUCUGAAUGGUUCCUCUGGCAUUGCGGUUGGCAUGGCCACAAAUAUCCCUCCGCAUAAUCUUGGAGAGCUUGUUGAUGCGAUGUCUUCUUUAAUUCAUAACCCAGAAGCAACGCUCCAAGAACUACUUGAGCACAUGCCCGGACCUGACUUCCCUACAGGAGGAAUCAUAAUGGGAAACAUUGGCAUCUUAGAAGCGUACCGGACUGGAAGAGGACGUAUAAUAGUAAGAGGGAAGACUGAUAUUGAUAUACUUGAUUCCAAAACAAAGCGAGCUGCAAUUAUAAUUAAAGAGAUACCAUACCAGACAAACAAAGCAUCCCUUGUUCAGAAGAUUGCUGAACUUGUUGAAAAUAAGAGUUUGGAAGGAAUAAGUGAUAUUCGAGAUGAGAGUGACCGAUGCGGAAUGCGCAUAGUCAUUGAGCUUAAGAGAGGAGCAGAUUCAUCUAUUGUACUGAACAAUCUUUAUCGUCAUACUGCUCUGCAAUCUACUUUCAGCUGUAACAUGGUUGGUAUCCUCAAUGGGGAACCAAAGUUGAUGGGCCUGAAAGAAUUGCUCCAGGCAUUUUUGGACUUUAGAUGUUCUAUUGUUGAAAGGCGUGCUAGGUUCAAACUUUCACAGGCACAACAAAGAAACCAUAUUGUUGAGGGCAUCAUAGUCGGGCUAGAUAAUUUGGAUACAGUGAUUGACUUAAUAAAAAAGGCACCAACCAAUGCGCUCGCAGCUGCUAGUUUGAUGAAAGAAUUUGAAUUGACAGAAAAACAAGCUGAUGCAAUAUUGGAUAUAAGCCUAAGAAGGCUCACUGCACUAGAGAGACAUAAGUUUAUUGAUGAAGGGAAAUGUUUAACAGAACAAAUCAACAAGCUAGAAGUACUUCUGUCUAGUAGAAAGAAAAUACUCCAGUUAAUUGAAGAGGAAGCUGUUGAAAUAAAAAAUAAGUUUUCCUCUCCUCGGCGUUCGAUGCUGGUGGAUUCGGGUAGUGGCCAAGUUGAAGAUAUUGAUAUCAUCCCAAAUGACGAAAUUCUUCUUGCGGUUAGUGAGAAGGGAUAUGUUAAGAGGAUGAGGCCUGAUACGUUUAACCUUCAACACCGUGGGACUAUCGGUAAAUCUGUUGGUAAACUAAGGGUAGAUGAUACUAUGUCCGAUUUCAUAGUUUGUCAUGCCCAUGACCAGGUCCUUUAUUUUAGUGACAAAGGUGCCGUGUACUCUGCUCCAGCAUACAAGAUACCUGAAUGUAGCAGAGCUGCUGCAGGAACCACCUUAGUCCAGAUAUUAUCGUUGUCGGAUGGUGAAAGAAUAACUUCAAUCAUACCUUUGGAUGAAUUCACGGAGGAUCAAUUUCUUAUAAUGCUAACUGCAAAGGGUUAUAUAAAGAAAGUUUCCUUGAACUUUUUCUCCUCUAUCAGGUCAACCGGAAUAAUAGCAAUUCAAUUGGUCCAUGGUGAUGAACUCAAAUGGGUAAAACGUUGCACUAAUCAUGAUUUUGUAGCAAUGGCAUCACAAAAUGGAUUGGUGAUUUUGAGCCCUUGCGAAAGUAUAAGAGCUCAAGGAAGAAAUACUAGGGGCUCUGUAGCUAUGAGAAUGAAAGAAGGAGAUAAAAUGGCUAGCUUGGACGUAGUACCUGCUGCUUUGUGGAAUGGAUUUGAGAAUAUUUCAGAUGCUCCUGAAAUCCAUCGUAGGAACAUAACUGGUCCAUGGCUGCUGUUUGUGUCAGAGAGUGGUUUAGGAAAGAGAGUCCCACUGAACAGUUUCCGCGCAUCACGAUUGAACAGAGUUGGUCUAAUAGGUUACAAGUUUUCACCUGAAGAUCGGCUUGCAGCAGCAUUUGUUGUUGGAUUUUCUCUGGGAGAUGAUGGUGAAAGUGAUGAACAAGUAGUUCUUGUAAGCCAGAGUGGAACAGUGAACAGGAUAAAAGUUCGGGACAUAUCUAUUCAAUCACGCUUUGCAAGAGGAGUUAUUUUAAUGCGGCUGGAUCUGCAUGGAAAAAUACAAUCGACUUCUUUGAUCUCAGGAGCGGAUUCUGAGUCUGAUGGGAGUGAAGAAGCAAUUGUUGCUGCUACGGUUUCAUAGGGCUUCAGCCUUUGUCUUCAUAUCUUGAACAUGGUUGUGCAGUUGAAGCCAUUGUAUUAUCCUCUAGGCAUUGAAUUUUCUCAGAAUUCUAGUUGCGCUAAAUAUUGGAAGAUUUCCUUAGAGAAGAGAGAUGGACUAGUUGAUGUGGUAACUGGUUAGAAGCAAUCAAUUUAAAUAGGGGUUGACUUCAGGCUGAUUUUUUUCCAGUCCCCCCAAGGUUUUGUAGUUACCCAUUAAUGGAUGUAAUCAACAUUUGCUCAAGGCUUUUUCUUUUGCGUUGUAAACCACCAAACUGUCUGGGAAUAGUAGUAUUUAUUUUAAUUUAUUUUAUUUUCUUCAUAUUUUGUAAAGUUGCAUGGAAUUUUCAUUUGCACUGUCUUCAUUAAUUGUUU